GCAUUUCAACGAUCCUCAACUUGUGUCCGCCAUGCCCGCCCCCAUCCUCUCCGUCAAGGACCUCACCAUCAACCGCGACUCGGGCGGCCCCAUCCUCCACAACCUCUCCCUCGACAUCGCUCCCGGCGAAGUCGUCGUCGUACGCGGCCCAUCGGGAUCUGGCAAAUCCACAUUGCUCAAAUGUAUAGCCGAGCUCAAUCUCUACCAGCAUGGGACCAUCACCCUCGACGACAAGACGUCCAAAGAGUGGGGAGUUCCCAAAUGGAGAAUAAAAGUCGCCUACGUCCCCCAAAGACCCAGUAUCCUCCCCGGCACACCUCUCCAGCUGCUAGAGACUAUCCGCGGGUUUGCAGCGCGCAAGGAAAGCGCGAGAGAGAUGAAGAAGCACGAGAUUGAAAAGACCGACCCCCUGGAUUUGGCGGAGAAAUGGGGGAUUGAGAAGACGAUGUGGACGCGGGAUUGGGAGACGCUGAGUGGAGGUGAGGCGCAGAGGAUUGCUUUGGCGGUUUCGGUAGGCAUUGGAGGCGCAGAUGUCCUGCUUCUGGAUGAGCCGACUUCUGCACUUGACGAAGAGUCCUCGAGAAAGGUGGAAGAUAGCCUGAUCGGCAUGCUUCCACCUCCGCACAACGGCCAUCCUUCUGAGGGUGUACACCGCUAUGAUACGGGACUGAAGGCGCUUGUAUGGAUCACGCAUUCGGCAGAGCAAUCAGAAAGGGUUGCGACAAGAACGUUUGAUGUCAGCCCUUUUAGACAAUAGCAUAUGAAGUCGCAUCCUGAACAACGUAUGGACUCGUCUACGCCUAGAGGCCGUGCUCCCUACGCACGUCAUCGGUCAACUCAUGAAUCUCAAGGAAUCGAUUAUAAACAUCGAGCAUCGCCUCUCUCUAUUCGUGCUUGUCAAUCCAUCCCUUCACCAGCUCCCAUCCAUGAGUGUUGGACGUUGCGGGCAGCGACACGAAGGGAUAUCCGCUUGAAAGGGGGACAGCCUGGAGUUUCCGAGUGAGAAGACAGUGGUACAAAAGUUACACUCGGGCCAGAGGGCAGCAAGGGGCGCAGGGGCAGACCGAAGGUAGGUUGGAACCGGGCCGAGAGACAGUCGCGCACUUGGGGAUUGAGACAGUGUUCAGUUGGCUUCCGUGGCAGACAACAGGCUCUAUUAAGGCUGUAAGGUUGCAGUGAAUUCAAUGACGACCGAACUUAGUGUCCGAAAGGGCGUUCGUUAGUACAACGCAGAAAGUGAGAUGAUGUUGACGAUAGUGUACCCAGCCUCAGUGAGGAAGUGUACACCUAUAUACUUCACCUCGACCGGACUGUCAGUCAAUUGCAAGACGGGCGAGUGUAGAUGAUCAGCCGCAAACGAAAGUGAAGCAGGAGCGAGAAGACGAGGAUACACCCAAGCUAGACUGAAUCC